CUUCCCGCCCCUCCGCCGGCUCCCGCCGCCUCUCGCGAGGCCGCCGCCCCCCCGCCCCGGGCUCACGUCAGCGGCGGAGCAGACGGGGACAACAUGGCGGAGCGGCGGAGGCACAGGAAGCGGAUCCAGGAGGUCGGUGAACCAUUCAAAGAGGAGAAGGCUGUUGCUAAAUACUUACGUUUCAACUGUCCAACAAAAUCCACCAACAUGAUGGGCCACCGAGUUGAUUAUUUUAUUGCCUCAAAAGCUGUGGAUUGCCUCCUGGAUUCUAAAUGGGCCAAGGCAAAGAAAGGAGAAGAGGCUUUAUUUACAACCCGAGAGUCUGUAGUUGAUUACUGCAACAGACUCCUGAAAAAACAGUUCUUUCAUCGAGCAUUGAAAGUGAUGAAAAUGAAACCUGACAAGGAUACAAAGAAAGAAAAGGAAAAAGGAGGGAAGGCUGAGAAUGGGAAAGAAGAGGAGAAAAAGAGCAAGAAGGAAGGUGGCAAAGAUGAAAAAGCUAAGAAAGAGAAAGAAAAGGAAAAGAAAAAAGAUGGUGAAAAAGAGGAGUGUAAAAAGGACGAGACCCCAGGAACACCCAAGAAAAAGGAGACUAAGAGGAAAUUUAAACUUGAGCCACACGAAGACCAAGUUUUCUUGGAUGGAAAUGAGGUGUACGUGUGGAUCUAUGACCCCGUUCACUUUAAAACUUUUGCCAUGGGACUUGUACUUGUGAUUGCUGUUAUAGCUGCAACUCUGUUCCCGCUCUGGCCAGCAGAAAUGCGUGUUGGUGUUUAUUACCUCAGCGUAGGCGCAGGCUGUUUUGUCGCCAGUAUUCUUCUUCUUGCCGUUGCUCGCUGUAUCCUUUUCCUUAUCAUCUGGCUCAUCACUGGAGGAAGGCAUCACUUCUGGUUCCUGCCAAACCUUACAGCGGACGUGGGAUUCAUUGACUCCUUCAGGCCCCUGUACACACAUGAAUACAAAGGACCAAAAGCAGACUUAAAGAAAGAGGAAAAAUCAGAAUCCAAAAAGCAGCAAAAAUACGACAGUGAGGAGAAAUCAGAUAGCGAGAAGAAGGAAGAGGAGUAUGGGAAAACAGAAGCAACGAGGAACUCUGGAACAGACGGCUCGGGAGGAGAGCGACAUUCAGACACUGACAGUGACAGGCGCGAAGACGACAGGUCCCAGCACAGUAGUGGAAAUGGAAACGACUUUGAAAUGAUCACAAAAGAGGAACUGGAACAGCAAACAGAUGAAGGGGAUUGUGAGGAGGAAGAGGAGGAAGAUACCGAGAGUAGGCCUUCACAUGAAAAAUCAUAACUCACUGUGGUUUGGGGACUGAGUAUGUGCAAAUGGUUGGAUUUUCUUUGUUGGCUGAUCACCAAAACACAGACCAUACAGUAGCAUCUUUGUUUGCUGAAAUAUACGUGUUACCAAACAGUUUUAUAUCUAGUUCCUUCAUUUUUUUUAACCAUUAACUUGAUUACUUGGUACUAUGUUAAUCAUUAAUAUCCAUUUACAGAAGUUUUAUCAAUCUGACAAGUUUUCUAUUGAUUGAUAGAUUGCCCAGAUCAUCCUCAAACAAACUGAAAAACAAUAGUUUUCUGGUACUUGCAUAACUGGUCAAUUAGUUUAGCUUCUCAAACUUGCUUUUGUAAAACAGGUAAAAGUUGAAUGACCAAAUCUCAGAUUAUUCCUAGUUAUACUCAUUUGAUAGCUAGUUAGGUAAAGCCCUUCUUAGCCCACAGCUUUCUUGAUAUUUUUCUUGAUUUUGUUUUCAAAAGAUUGUGAAAACUUUCCUAAGAAAACUAGUUUUAGCAGAAGUAUUUUGCUGAAAAUAUAAAAGCUGGUAGUGCUGAAUUUGGCUGCCAUGUUCUCUGUUUCUCCAGACUGUGUGCCAGCAACUGAGGAAAUCCAAACUGGUUUUGUACAUCUGGUUCAGAGAAAGCUGUCAUCUCCAGCAGGUGAAGGAAGCAGCAUGGUUUGGAAAUUAUGGCUGUUUUCUUUCUCCUGCUCCAUCAUAAUUAAAAAAGAAAAAUGUAUUCUGUACAUAAUUUACAAAUAAAGCAAACCAUUUACUUUAACUGCUACUUAUUAUUUAGAGAUUUGAUCCAGCAUUCAGUUUGUAUUAUUAAAGCCAUUUUGUGGUGUAUCUAUCAGAGAAAUGCAAGUCAAGAGGACCUCACAGAAUAUUUGUGUAUGAUUGGUAGCUGUUCCACAAGAGCUUUAGUUUUGUGCCAACAUUCCAUGUAUUUGAGUAUGAGUAAAUUGAUCUUUAUUAAAUGAAAGCAAACAACAUAGCUGUAUGUAUGCCUUAAUGUUAAAACUUUCUAUGUUCUGGAACUGGAAUACUUUUUAAACUGAAGAGGCAGGAGAGUAUUCAUCUGUUCAGAAAUAUAGGUAACUCAAAGCUAAUAUGAAGUGACCAUUAAUAAUUUGUUUAUAAAUAUCUUGGAGUAGUUUGUGCGGUUUCUCUUACACAUCCCUUUCUGCUGGACGUUUGGAGGAUGUACUGGAUGUUUUGGUUAAGACUUGGUAUCAUUCCUCUAGAUGACUUUAACCGUAGAUUUGAUCAUCUCCCGAACCUACUUGAAGAUAAGGGUAAGCUCGACGUUUAAUAAGUGACUUGGAGAACUUUUUUCCGUAUCCUAAAUUGAUUCCCCUUCCUUCCAGCAUCAGCAUUUUGGAUGAAGAUACUAAUUUUUCAGAUCACGCAAAUAUAUACAUCAUAACGGGUGCAUUGAUAAACAAUUUAUGAAUAUGAUGUACUUGCUUCUGGAAUAUCCUGAAUAUUUACUCCAUAAGGAAACAGAUAAAUUGGAUCACUUUUUUAUUAAUAUAGCAAAAAAUUAAAGGACCCAUUACCUAAA